AUGGAAAAUCAACAUUAUGUUCAUAAACAAUGUAAUGAAGUAGAAGAGGCUAAUGUUCCUCAUUAUGCUACUGAAGAAGAAAUUCUUGCAUCUUUUGGUUAUAAGCAGGAAAUGAGUAAAACGAUUUCUACUAUUUCUAAUUUUGCUAUUGCCUUUGGUUGCUGUUCAAUUUUAUCUGGUUUAACUCCUAUGUGGGGUGAUGCUAUGUUGUCUGGUGGAUCUAUUGCCGUUAUUUGGGGAUGGGUCAUCGUUUCUGUCUUCACAUUUGGUGUAGGCUUGUCACUCGCAGAAAUUUGUUCAGCCUAUCCUGUAACAGGUGGUCUGUACAUUUGGGUUUCACGUUUGGCACCUCCUCAAUGGGUUCCUAUUAUGUGUUGGUUAACAGGAUGGUGUAACUGGCUUGGUCUUACGGUUGCCAUUACAUCUGCUGAUCUUGGUUUAGCUGAAUUUAUGUCUUCAGUUAUUGGAAUCACAAAUCCUGAUUAUAAUGCAGGUGUCUAUUGGCAAUAUGGUAUCUUUUUAGUGAUUGUCUUUAUUCAUGGCAUUAUUAAUUCAAUGCAUAUCAAGUAUAACGGCUUUUUCAAUCAAGGUUCCCUUUAUUGGCAUCUUAUAGGUACCUUGUUGAUCAUCAUUGUCGCACUUGUCUUAACACCUAAUAAACCAAGUGCUAAAUGGGUCUUUACCUAUUUUGAAAAUGAUACGGGAUUUUCAUCAAAUUCCUAUGCAUUCUUGAUUGGUCUCUUACAAUCUCAAUAUACCCUUUCAGGUUUUGAUAGUGCAGCACAAAUGUCAGAAGAAACCCGUGAUGCGGCACGAUCAGCUCCUCGUGGUAUUCUCUAUGCUAUAGGCGCUGCUGCCAUUACAGGUUUCAUCUUUAUGCUCUCUGUCAAUUUCUGUGUUCAAGAUUUCCAACGUCAAAUUGUAGAGUCUACACUAAGCCCUCAAAUGACUCAAAUUUUCUUAGAUGGUGUCGGCUAUAGAUGGACGGUUGUCUUUACGGUUAUCAUCAUGGGCGCUAUGUUCUUCUCUGGUUCUGCUCUUACAUUGGGUAGUUCUCGUAUGAUCUAUGCCUUCGCUCGUGAUGGAGCUACCCCUUUUAGUCGAUGGUUAAGUAUCGUUAAUAAAUCUACUCAAACCCCUAUCUUUGCUGUCUGGGCCAAUGUGAUCUUUGCUGCUAUUGUUGGUUUGCUCUAUAUAGUGAAUGAAACGGCUUUUAAUGCAAUUGUCUCCAUCAAUACAAUUGCUUCAUCUUUAGCUUAUUUCAUUCCUAUCUUUCUUCGUAUGACAGUCGCUCGCAAGAAGUUUGAACGAGGUCCCUUCCAUCUUGGCCCCUUCUCGGGUAUCAUCAACUUUGUAAGUUGCUUUUGGAUUCUCUUCACCUCUAUUCUCUUCGUUUGCCCUACCGAGUAUCCUGUCACGGCCGCUAACAUGAACUAUGCCUCUGUCAUCUUUGUUUUCGUCAUGGUCGCAUCUCUUAGCUACUAUUUCCUUCGUGCUAAAGAAUGGUUCCAUGGUCCUGGUAGAAGCUUAGAAGAUGAAGGCCAACUAAAUCCUGUUACUUUUGAUGAUAAUUUUGAAUCUAUCACUUUUAGUCCAGGUUCGGAGAAAGUUAAGAAAGUAAAUGAAGACUAUGAUAAAAAGGCAUUUACUGCUCAAUAG